AUGGCAAGGAUGCUCAAUUCUCUUGCUCUCAUCCUCUCCAUAUUCUCUUUUACUCUCUUGAUCCCACAGGCCACCCCCGCCCCUUUCCUCUUCCCAGCAACUCAAUCCACAGUCCUCCCCGAGCCUUCAAACUUCUUCACCGCGAACCUCCUCACAUCCCCUCUCCCCACCAACUCUUUCUUCCAAAACUUUUCUCUCAAGAAUGGGGACCAGCCCGAGUACUUCCACCCCUACACCAUCAGAUCAGCAUCCUCCUCUCUAUCUCUCUCUUACCCAUCUCUCUCCUACACCUCUGCAUUCAUUUCUCAACCCUUCACACCUGACCUCACCAUCUCUGCCUCACAAACCAGCACCUUCCAAGAUCCGAAUAACAGCCACCACCAUGUAAUAUCCGACUUCAAUGAUCUCAGUGUCACUAUAGACUUUCCCUCCUCUCACCUCCGCUUCUUUCUCGUCCGCGGAAGCCCCUUUGUCACAUGCUUUGUUUAUACCCCCACUGCGGUUUCCAUAUCAACCAAUUAUACAAUUCUCUCCUCCUCAUCAUCAUUAUCAAGUGACUCAAACACCAAGGUCACCAUCAAGCUCGAAAACAAUCAGACAUGGCUAAUAUACACCUCCUCCCCAAUUGGCUUGACUGACAGCACCCCAUCAACCUUAACGUUUGGUGAGUUUUCUGGGAUUGUUCGAGUCGCGGUAUUGCCGGAUUCUGAUCCAAAAUCCGAAGCAAUUCUUGACCAGUUCAGUACUUGUUAUCCGACUUCUGGUGCAGCUGUGCUUGGAAGGCCGUAUACUUUGGGAUAUAAAUGGGAAAAUAAUGGACCUGGAGAUUUGCUUAUGCUAGCUCAUCCUCUCCAUCUGCGGCUCCUAUCUCAUGCAACUGUUUUGAAGGAUUUUAAGUACAAAAGCAUUGAUGGUGAUCUGGUUGGUAUUGUUGGUGAUUCAUGGGUGUUACAACCAAAGCCUGUUCCAAUCACUUGGCAUUCAGUUGGAGGCAUCAAAGAAAAUUUCUACUCCGAAAUUAUAUCUGCGCUUCGUCGGGACGUUGAGGCUCUAAACUCAGCUGAAGUAACAACUACAUCUUCAUAUUUUUAUGGGAAAUUGAUUGCUAGAGCAGCAAGAUUGGCUUUGAUUGCUGAGGAGGUGGCUUGUCUAGAUGUGAUUCCAUCAAUUAAGAAAUUCUUGACUGAGACAAUUGAGCCAUGGUUGGAGGGUACUUUUAGUGGCAAUGGUUUUUUGUAUGACGCAAAAUGGGGUGGGCUUACUACUAAACAAGGAUCAACUGAUUCUGGUGCAGAUUUUGGAUUUGGAAUUUAUAAUGAUCACCAUUUCCAUCUGGGGUACUUUGUUUAUGGUGUUUCAGUGCUUGCAAAGAUUGAGCCUGCAUGGGGGGCCAAGUACAAGCCCCAAGCAUAUUCCCUUGUGGAGGAUUUUAUUAACACUGGCAAGCUAUCAAAUUUGCUUUAUCCACGUCUGAGAUCCUUCGAUCUAUACAAACUGCACUCAUGGGCAGGAGGCUUAACCGAAUUUGCCGACGGGAGGAACCAAGAGAGCACAAGUGAGGCAGUAAAUGCCUACUACUCAGCUGCUAUGAUGGGGAAGGCUUAUGGAGACACUCAACUUGAGGCCACAGGAUCAAUGCUUGCCGCGUUGGAAAUUCAGGCAGCUCAAAUGUGGUGGCAUGUAAGAGAGGGAGGCAACAAAAUUUAUGAGAAAGAUUUCACAAAGGAAAAUAGGAUGGUGGGAGUUGUGUGGUCAACCAAGAGAGACAGUGGACUUUGGUUUGCUCCUUCAGAGGCAAGAGAGAUCAGGCUUGGAAUUCAAAUGCUACCCAUUUCGCCCAUCACCGAAGUUUUGUUUUCUGAUGUUGGCUUUGCUAGAGAAGUUGUGAAUUGGACAUUGCCAGCUCUCCAUAGGGAAGGAGAGGGAGUUGGUGAAGGGUGGAAAGGGUUUGUGUAUUGUGUUCAAGGGAUCUAUGAUAAAGAAGGUGCUUUGGAGAAGAUUAGGAGCUUGAAGGGUUUUGAUGAUGGAAAUUCUCUCACUAAUCUCUUAUGGUGGAUUCACGGUAGGAAGUUAAGUAAAGUUUGAUCUCCUAAUUUUGGUUUAACUAAACCAAAUUCAACUCUUGGGGGUGCAAAGCAUUUGUGAGGUGGGUGUGCAAAGAAAGCUCUUGGGUGUCAGUGACAAAUCCCUCCUCAUCCGAACCAUAGAAUGGGCCUCUGAAUGGACCAAAGUUGCCCAAGCAGAAAUAAAAUCUGGACUUUUUGAGAUUAUGGAUAUAUUUUGAGCUCAUU